UUUGCAUCUCUUAUAGCGUCUCAUUUUUACCUUUUUUAUGCAGAGGACAUGGCAUGGGGUGUAUUUGUAAAGAAUAAAUAGAAUAACUGUAUUUAUUUGUAAAUUAUUUUAUUUCAGAAGACACACUUGAGUCAAAGAAUAAAUGUAUUUAUUUCUAAAUAAAUAAAUGUAUUAUAUUCACGACAGUAUUUUUUCAUUCAGAAAGAAACGAAUUUUUUUCAGUUUCAAGUGGACACUUAAGAUCGAUGGAAGUAUUUAUUUCAAUGGAACUGCGAAACUGGGAACUGCAAAAAACAUAUUCAGGCAUGCUCCGAUUUUCACUUUCGGUGCUCCCGUUUUCACUUUCUCAAGAUUUUUCGAAUUCCAAAACGAAAAAAUUUGUCGUGCCUAAAUGAAAAGUAAAUGCCUUUUUCUAUAUUAAAUCGGAUCUUAUUUGCAAAAGGAAAAAAGUAGUUGACUUGUUGGUUUAUUGUCGUUCGUUUAAGACCUCUAGAAGAUCAAUUAGGCUUGUAGUUAUUUUUACGAGUAAUUUCUGACCCCACCUCAAAUUUGGAUAUCAAAUUUUGCCGUCGGCAACAACAAUUUUCGUUUUGUUAUGGUAUGUGCUAAAAUGUAUAAAAAAAAUUGUUGAAAACACCGGAAUUGAAUGAAAAUGAAAUCCAUUGAAAAGGUGUCAUAAUAUGUGGGAAACAAGUGAUUGCCUUUGAAAAACUGUUUUUUAAAAAUGGGAAAACACAAAUCAUCGUAUCAGGAUGAAGUUUCUCUGUAUUUUAUGCAGGGUAACGAAAGUUUGGCGCGUGGAUUCGCCAAAGGCGAUCGUGUGGCUGCAGAAGCAAAAUGGAGCGAGCUUGUCGGUGCGUUAAACGCAAUUGGGCCUCCAAUUAAAGAUGUUGCUGGAUGGAAAAAGGUUUGGUGCGAUUGGAAGGCCAAUAUUCGAAAGAAAAUUGCCCAAAAUAAGGCAGAGUUCAGGGCUACGGGCGGGGGUCCUUACUGCCAGCAACCGCUGACAGCCAUGGAGAGGACGUGGCAAAGCUCUGCGGGCUUUUUGACAUGGUCGAGGGAGUUGGUGCUGUGGCAUAUGGAGCACCAACCACCAUUAUAGUAGAAGAGGUGGCUAAGGAAAAAGCUGAGGAGAUAGCCCCAGAGGAGGAGGAACCGAGCCGAAAGCGUCGCCGCACAGCUGCAGAAUUUGAUUUGCAGAGUCUGUGCAUAGCUUAAGUAGAGGGAAUAAAGCAAAUUAAUUUAACAAUGACAAAGCAUUUCCAAAAAGUGGAAAGUCUUCAACAAGAAGACUUGAAUUUAAAAAAGGUGCAUUACCAAAAAAUGGAAAGUCUUCAACAACAAGACUUAA